AUUUCCCUAUAUAUUUGGAUUGCGUACAAAACGAUAACAUUCCUGACACAACAAGGAACGUCCCUUCUUUUUUUUGCUUUUUCAUUAUUUUGUAAAAUUCAUCCAAAAGGUAAAUUGCUUAAUUAAUUAAAUCUUAUUAAUUCUAAAUGAUUAAAAAUAUUUUGACUGUUACGAGAAAACUGUCACAACAAAAUUAUUUUUUUAUUUGGAAUAAUAUAAAAUUAUGUCAAUCAUCAUUAUUCUAUUUUCAAAGGAAUUAUCAUUCAUUGAACAAUGAAGAGUUCUUUAAAAAGUUUUUUUGUAUUGGGAAAGAAGUACAAAAUGCUUUAUUUGAGGGAAAGCCAAUUGUAGCUUUGGAAAGUGCUUUAAUUACUAAUGGAUUAGAAUAUCCUAUUAAUCUUAAAGUUGCACUUAAACUGCAGGAAAUUAUUCGUAAUAAUGGUGCAGUCCCUGCCACAAUUACAAUACUUGAUGGAAAAAUAAGAGUUGGAAUUGAAAAUAAAGAAUUGGAAAGAAUUGCCGAACCGAAUAAUCAAAAAUGUUCUUUAAGAGAUUUGGCAAAUUUCCUCGUCCAGAAGAAGAUUGGUGGCACAACAGUUGCCGCAACAAUGUGGAUUGCACAUCAAGCUGGGAUCAAAGUUUUUAGUACUGGGGGAAUUGGUGGAGUACAUAAAGGAGGGGAAAAAUGUAAGGGAAAAAUAUAUUCUCAAAGUUCCUUUUUUAAAGCAUUAGACAUAAGUGCUGAUUUGGUAGAGCUAGGUCGGUGUCCUAUAGCUAUUGUCUGUGCCGGUGUUAAAUCUAUUUUAGACAUUGGUAGAACAUUAGAAUUCUUAGAAACACAAGGUGUAAAUGUUCUUGUUUUCGACAAAAAACCAAACUUUCCCGGCUUUUUCAUACCUCAAACAGAGUUUCUGGCACCACAUUGCACUGACUCAAUAGAAGAAAUAUCUGACAUAAUUGUUUGUUCUCAACAAUUGGGUCUACAAAAAGGUAUUUUGAUUGCCUGUCCAAUCCCUGUUGAAGAUAAAUCCAAAUCAGAAUUAGUUCAGCAUUCUAUUAAUCAAGCAUUAAAUGAAGCUAAUUCAAAAAAUAUUUUUGGAAAUAAAGUAACUCCAUUUGUACUUAAAAGAGUUGCUGAAUUGAGUGGAGGAGAGAGUUUAAGGCUUAAUAUUUCUUUAUUAGAAAAUAAUGCAAGAAUAGCUGCCCAAUUAGCUAAUUUAUAUACAAAUAAAAUUAUAAAUACCCCUACAACGAUGGAAGAUGAAAAUAAAAUAUUUGUUUCCUCCCAAAUAAAAAAUACUAAAAAUGAGAAACCUUUAGUUUUUUGUAUUGGUGCUUCUAUUGUUGAUUUAGAAGUAUUACAAAAAGAAAAUUUUAAAAAUUCUCCAAAAGUUAAUAUUUCCUCUUAUUUACCUUCAAAUAUUGUACAAAGAGUAGGAGGUGUUGCUCGCAAUCAUGCAGAGGCUCUUGCUCGUUUAGGAAUUGAUGUUCUUUUAUUUUCUGCUUUUGGCACAGAUUUAAAUGGAAAGGCUGAUUUUGGAUCUAAUUUUCUUUUAGAAAAAUUGGAGGGAUUAAAGAAUCUGAAUUUCUCUCAUUCAUUAUUUUGUAAAUAUUUGAGGACAGCUACGUCUAUUUCAAUUAGCAAUUCUUCUAAAGGAAUUAUACAAGGAUUUAUUUCUGCAGACGAACUUCUAAGCAAAAUAGAUUCUGAAUAUAUUGAUAAAAUUUCCAACUUAUUUAAAUCUGCCGAUUUUCUCUUAAUUGAUGCAAAUUUAACCUCUGAAGCUAUUAAAAGAAUUAAUUAUUGGGCAAACAAAACAAAUACAAAAAUUUGGUUAGAACCAACAAAUUCUUUAAAAAUACCUAAAAUAUUUGAGGCUUUGGGAGAUUGGCCAUUAACCAAAAUAGAUGUUUUCUCUCCAAAUUUAGAUGAAUUACGGUCAUUUUCUGAGAAUUUUAGUCAAAGGGUUGGAAAAAGUGAAGCAAAAGAAUGCAGGGACUUUAUUACAAAUAUAGAAGAACAUCUCCUAAAUUCAACAAUUAACUCCAACUUCCAUCAAAAUAUUUCCAAUAUAAAAUUACCCCAAUCACUCCAACCAAAACAACAUUUACUAAUUACUUGUGAUUGUUUUGGUGUUUUACUUUUUUCCCGUUCAAAUAAUAAUGAAUUUAAAAUUGAAUAUUUGGAUGCUCCAAAAAUCUGUUCAGAAAAAUUAAUUUCAGUUUCCGGUGCUGGAGAUUGCUUUAAUAGUGGAUUUCUUUUUGGAAUUUUAAACAAUUUAAGUUUAAAAGAAUGUCUUGAAUUUGGUAGAAAAUGUGCUGAGUUAAGCUUGAUUAGUGUAGAUACAGUGCCAGAAACAAUUAAUAAAGAUAUAUUUAAAGUCUAA